AUGAUGAGCAUUGGAAUCUCGAGGACCGCAAUGCGGCCCAUAUUGAGUGCAUUCAGAUCGCCUUUUUGGGCAAGGUAUGCUUCGUCGCAGGUGGAACCAAGACCAAGCAUCAAUGCUGUUGGAGUGGUGACGAAAUACUACAUCCCACCAAGAUUCUCGAGAUAUCCCAGUUUUUUCAAGCACCCCAAACUGUUCGUUCAGCAAUUUUUGAAACGUGCUGCACUUGUUGGUCUCAACACCGUUCAUGUUGCCAUGAUCACUAGAACGAAAAAAGGUGCUAUCACCAAGGCCAGACUGAGAUUUGGAAAGUGGAAGACUAGAUCGCUGGAGAUCUAUGUGAUGGUAAACCAGGCUUUUGCUAAGCGCAAGGUUGAUGUCUUGUCUAAGAGCGUCACUAGAUGGGUACUGGAUGCUUUGAGAGAAAGACAGGCCAAAAUCCCCGAGGGAACUUUACUUGACUGGAAGAUGGUCAAGUUCAACAAGCCUCCCAAGAUUGUGAACGUACAAACCUUACCCAAUCAGGACGGCUCGGUGUUGGCUGUUCAGAUCACCUACAAAUACAUGACCAAACAAAAGCUCACGUUCACCAAAGAUGGCAAGUCUCAGUCAAAAGAAAGUGACAUGAUAGAGUACAUGACAUUCAACGUUGAUCCGUACACGGACGAGGUUGUUCUGGCAGGUUCGCUGUUUGAGUCCGAGUGGACAACUCCAGUUCAGCCUCCCAACCAAAUUCAUGAGGGUUCGGACAUGCUGAAGUCUAUGGCUCAUUACGGUGAUAUCUAUCGUCCAGAACCACAGAGAGUUGACGAUAAUAAGCCUAAGACGAUUGAGCAAAAGACUGAGCAGUAA